UCUGAUUUGCUGGAAUCGCGCAGGACCGAAGGUGCACCGGUCGAUUUCAUAUCAAGUUUGGUUAAAGCUGGGGUGAACAUCACACACUGGGCGCCCUCUGAAAGCUUCCCACAAUGCUUUUAUGAACGAGAUAUCACAGCAGCAGCGAGCAGCCCCGUGUAUAGAGGAGUACGCAGCGGCACCGUGUGCACCCGCUCCACGAGAACAAUCCGUUCACCGUGCGACAACUUUUAAAACAUAAUAACCUCCUGCGUGAAACAUCUUCAUUUUCUCUGCGGAGACGACAAUCUUUGGAUCGCACACUUUUCAUGGAUGUUCUUGGAUAAUCUCUCGUUGAUUUACGCGGAUAGCUGCUCCACAGUCUUGCAUGGUGCACAUCGGUCCAGGAAUGGCGCGAUAAAGUGAUCAGAGGAAUCAGUCCAAGUACAUUCACCUCUUGUGUAGCCGUCUCGUCAUGUAUUCUCCGAUUUGUCUUACUCAGGAUGAAUUUCAUCCCUUCAUCGAGGCUCUUCUCCCUCACGUCCGUGCCAUAGCCUACACGUGGUUCAACCUCCAGGCCAGAAAACGCAAGUACUUCAAGAAGCACGAGAAGAGGAUGUCCAAGGACGAGGAGCGCGCGGUGAAGGACGAGCUUCUGGGCGAGAAGCCUGAGGUAAAGCAGAAAUGGGCGUCCAGGCUGCUGGCCAAGCUGCGUAAGGACAUUCGGCAGGAGUACCGAGAGGACUUUGUCCUCAGUGUGACGGGCAAGAAGCACCCAUGCUGCGUGCAGUCCAACCCGGACCAGAAGGGCAAGAUCCGCCGGAUCGACUGCUUGAGGCAGGCCGACAAAGUCUGGCGUCUGGACCUGGUGAUGGUCAUCCUCUUCAAAGGCAUCCCUCUGGAAAGUACAGACGGGGAGCGCCUCGUCAAGUCUCAACAUUGCACCAACCCCACACUUUGUGUCCAGCCGCACCACAUUACAGUAUCGGUCAAGGAGCUGGACUUGUUUCUAGCAUACUAUGUCCAGGACCAAGACUCGCAGCAGUCAGGAAGUCCCAGUAACAAUGAGCAAGGCAAGAACCCUCUUCCAGUCUACUUGGAGGACAGCUUCAUCAAAUCAGGAGUCUUCAGUGUUGCAGAGCUGGUGCGAGUGUCCAGAAUGCCCAUCAUACACGGCGCUGCGGUGAACUUCUCCAUGACCGACAUGCCCAGCCAGCCCUACUACCACGACCUGAACUCCAGCGUGGGGCUGCACCGCUCCCUGUCCUCCCCGCCCGGCAGCAAAAGGCCCAAAACGGUGAACAUGGAUGAGAACAUGGACACGAGCCCGACGGGACCCGACUUCUACUCAUCACCCAGCUCUCCAGCCAGCAGUCGGGCCAACUGGCACGACAGAGACGGAGCAGACAUGUCCUCUCCCACCAUGAAGAAGCCAGAGAAGCCGCUGUUCAGCCCCACCUCCCCGCAGGACUCCUCGCCACGACUCAGCACUUUCCCUCAGCCUCAUCACCCCGGCCUCACAGGUGUAGGACACAGUGUUAUAUCGACGAGGAGCCCCCCCCCACACUCGCCCCUGCAGUUCUCGGCCUCGGCGAUCCUGCCCCCGGCGCCAUCGCCCUACUUCUCGCACACCACCAUCCGCUACCCGCCCCACCUCAACCCCUCCGAUCCCCUGAAGAGCUACGUGCCGUCAUACGACCCGUCCAGCCCGCAGAGCAACCAGCCUAACAGCAGCGGUCAGGUGGGGAAAGUCCCGGGACACUUCACCCCGGUCCUGGCCCCCUCCCCGCACCACGGUGCAGUCAGACCCGUCUCCCUCUCCAUGCCGGACACUAAGCCCAUCACCACGUCAACAGAAGUGAUGGCAUGUUACCCAGGCUACUCAGCCCCUGGCACCCCGACGGCUAACCGGUUCGUCGGCCUGAGCCCCAGAGACCCCGCCUUCCUCCACCAGCAACAGCUGAGGAAGUGUGACUGGAGCGUGACUCAAAACGGCAGGCAUUAUGGCCCCAGUGCCACUGACGACACUUUGGGGAUUACUUGGCAAAGUCCUGGUACCUGGGCGAGCUUAGUUCCAUUCCAAGUAUCGAACGGGACUCCGAUCCUGCCAACAAAUGUCCACCAGAACUACAGCAUAAACAUCAUUGGUGAGCCGCUGGUCCCCGCUGAGACAGGGAACUGAACACAAAGCCCCCCCCCCCCCAGGGUGGAUGCAUGGCCGGGGGGUGCUGGUGGUGCACAGCCAGCCCUACAGGUGUCCGCAGCCAUGGAUGAAACCAGCAAAGCAGCACGAAGCUGCACAAUCGUCCCCUAACUCCCCAUCUCUCCCCCUUCCUUGCCCCCCUCCCACUCCCCCUUUUGAAGGACACUGGCCGUGAAGUGAAGGGUUUUUUCGGAGGAAAGAAAAAAAGCUUCAGGUCUGCCGUGUCCCCCCCCCCCCCAUCUCCACCUCCACCCACCAGUCAGUCGUUGUGUUGGAAGAACUUCUCAAUCCAUUCAAAUACUGUGAUGUAUAGAUGCCUUAAUGUUUUAUUGCAUGACACUCUAGUCUCUUAGCGGCAAUUCCUACUAUUUUUCCGUGCUGUGGGAGGAAGUAAAAUCUUGAUUUACACACACACAUACAUGAAGAGGUCUGCGCAGCAACAACCUCUGCCUGGUGGAUGGCUCUGAGACUCUAAGCUCUCCGAUCAGACCUCUUGAAAAGAGGCCCCCCCCCGCGUCAAACGAUUCACUGUGUACACCAUAGGAACAAAAAAUUGUGAAUUCAGAGUUUCUUCUUGCGUUUGAUUUCAGUUUACUGUGAUAAGACUCUGUUCAGAAAAAUGUGUUGACUUUGUUUAUUCUUUACUGCUACUUACUUUAAGAAUUAACGUGAAUACUUACGGUAAGAGUUGAGAACUCUUGAUGCGGUUUUAAAAAAACACUAAAUGUUUGGCUUGAGAUUGGACCCCUCAUUAAAAGAAUUUGCAACUCCUUUACAAAAGGAUCUAAAAAGACAGAGAAUAUGAAAAUCGCGAUAGAGGCAAGUGCAAUGGAAUUUUUUGAAGGGAAGCUAUCAGUCUGUCAGCCCUAAGACUCUAAAGGAAAGGGGAUAAAUAUUAAAUGGUUUUAUGGGUAAAAUGUUUAAGAAAACAUUUGAAUUUGAUUUCACUCACAUAUCCGUCUUCUCACAUGAGAAAAACAUCGAGCGUGGAAGGCAGUUGAAGGCAAGCACUGAGCUGCCGGUGCAGCGCUGAGCAAAACCAGCUCUUCUUUGAGCCCUUCCCAUCAAUAGGGGAAGUAUUUUAUAUUUAUUUUGGGGAAAAAAUAAGCGAACAUAAGUAAUGAGACACACAAAGUGUGUAAAAAUUGCAUUUAAUUGUUUUUUUAAAAUGUUCACGAUAAGAUCAAGAGCGUAUGCAUUUGGCCAUCAGCUUCUAAAGCUUAUGUUUACAAAAAAAUAUAUGGAAUGCAAAGUGUUAAUCCAUGGAAAUGUACAAUUCAUGCAAAUGUACAGCAGGCUUAUGUGUAAAGCUACAGUUUGUGCAAGCUGAACUCUAAAGCGGAAGAGGUUUAAAACUGCAAGAUGAAUCCAGGUGGUGGCAAAUCCCUGAAAUCUAGAAUUGUGCACGGCAUGUUCACAGCCAUUGCCUCUCCAGUCCAGACAUAUUUAUACAAGGAAAAUCUCUCCAGUACUCUUAAUUUGCACGAUGACAUAUAGUCCACAUUACGUGCCUUGCCUUUGAAUAUAGAGACAUCACUACACUUGUUUUUGCUGCAUUUAUCAUUAUAGAAAAAAUUAACAUUUUUAUGAUAAGAAUUGUUUUGUACUCUGAAUGAAAUUGUUGAUUUUUAACUUCAUGUACUACUCUAUUUCACAGUUACAUUGCAUAUCAAGGCUGUGUAUAGUUGCCGUUUUAAAGUUUGUAAUCAACCAGCAUUUUUUUUUUUUCUCAGUAUUUUUGGUGGUUUUUCUAAUAACCUGUCAUUUUUUUGUUUUUCUUAUUUUUCAAUGCUCAUUUUGUUCAUCUUCCAAUUACUAUUGUGGAGGGUGGAAUUCAGAAUUAUGAAAAUUAUGCAAUACCAAGUUUUGCCUAUGUAGGUAGUGCUUAUAGAUGCGUCAAUUAUUAGAGGCUAGUUUGGAGAUAGACAAUAUUGUAAUGCAUUUAUUUUGUUGAUAUCGUUGUUUGUCGUUGUUGUUGUUGAUGAUGUUGUUGUUGUUGUGGGUGUUUUUCCUUUUUUAUUGACCAAAGUGGGGACUGCUUUCUAUGCAGUGUAUGACAAGGUCUUUAUCUUUUUUUUCUUUUUUUAGCAUUUAGGCCUACCGAAUGACGGUGUGUUCCAGUGUAUUUUGAAUUUGCGAGUUUUAGAGGGAGGGGCGGUAUUUUUCUAGAAGUAUUUUUUUUUAAAGUGCACCCUUGGUCUUUAAACGGCUGCAAAGUCACUGAUUGGUCUACUGUGACUCUUACUUUUAACUUUCCACCUGGGGUGCUAGCAUGUGACCUUGAAGGAGUUCAUUUUUCACAGGAGAGACGGCUUGACUUGAGUAUGACAAUCAUUUUAAGAAAUCAUUUUGCGUCGAAUCCCAUUCUCUCACAGACCCCUUAAAGCUGCAACUGAGGACGGAUACCGUUGCCCGCUUGUAUCGAGUACUACGCCGUACUAUUCAAGACGUCACCUGAAUGCAAUUCCCAAGUAGAUGCCUUAAACACAUCAGUGAAGUGGCCUGUGACCUGCGCAACAAUCACACACACCGACUAUUGCUAGUGAGACCUGUCCAAAUCAGUUCCAGACGGGCUCGAGCAAGCCUUUAGAAAGUAUUUUAUAAGUAGUAGAUUUGUAUAAAUGUAUAUACGAUAUGCACAUAUGUGAAUUCCUGAGAUACUUUCCCAGCAGAGAGCCCAGUAGAAGUAAAUAUUGGAAGCACAGAAGUGUGGUGUUUUCUGAUUUCGUGUCCUGUGGCCCCGUAGAAGCUUAAAUAGAAUCCACUAGAAGAAAAGAAUAGCACUUAUCUAGCACAUAGGCAAUCUUCUUCUCCCCCGUACAGUGUUUUGAAACCUAGUCUUAAACUAAACUCUCAGGCGUAAUACAGGGCAUUAUUUAUAUCAUUAUCAUACAAAAAAACUCUUCUCACAGAGAGAGCAGCGUUUCCAAUGCUGCUAUGACACCUUUUGCACUCUUUCCUUACAAUCGUGAAAGAAACGUUCCCCUCGGACAGACCGGGGCUCUCCGGCAGUCGUAAGCAGAGGGCUAAGAAGCAGAAAUCGUUUUUAAAAAUAAUCCUCAAGUCAAGCUCAAUCUCUCCGUCUUCACCCAUAUUUCUUAUGCAGAAAAUGUUUAAAAAGUCACCCCGUUCUAUGUGCACUGUUCUGUCUUUUUUCGUUGUUUUAUUCUUUUUAUUUGAGAAGAAAAACUAUAAGUGCUUUGCAGCCUUUGGCCAUUGGAGACCCCACUGACGUGCAUUGUCCCCAGUUGUGUGUGUGUGUGUGUGCGUAUGCGUGUGUGUGCGUGUGUUUGCCUGUGAGUGUGCGUGAUAAAAUGUGUCAGGGUCACUGUGCUGUUGGUGUUUAUUUGAAUAGGAGACUGUACAUAAAGGUAAAUAUCCUGAUUGCGUCGAUAGCAGUAGUCUGUGUGGUUGAACUCUGCGUUGGCAGCUUGAGUGUUAGUGUGCAUGUGCGCGUGUGUGUGUGUGUGAUAGAGUGCCUCUGACACUACACAAUGAGAGAAGAUGAGGGUCUUUCUAUUGAAUAAAAAAAAAAAGCCUGCCAUAGGACAGGAGUUUGUACACUGGAAACUUUCUCGAGAGUUCUCCUCUUUAAGCCCUUAUUUGUAAAUCUUCAAUUCUGGGGAAAAAUGUGUCAAUUCCAUUUUAGGAACAUUUUUUAAUUUGGUAUUUGUUUUGGAGGCUGGAUUUGAGUUAGAACUCUCCAGGAUUUCCAGAUUAUUAGAAUCUAAAGUGUUGUAUUCCUGUAUGUAUAGUAAACAUAGGGGGAAAAUAUUCUAUACAGAUCCAUAGAUAUAAAAAAAAACGACAACAAUGAAGGCUUUUUGUUAUUAAUAUUAUUAUUUCUGAUCUUGGUUGGUUAGUGCUUAGAUAUUUACAUUUGGGAAACACUUCAUGAAUAUUUGAAUUAUUGUUCUUUGAUUAGUGUGGCCAUAGCGAGUUUGAUGUGAUUUAUCUCAUUUUUUUGCAAAUGGGUGUGAAUUCUUGUCCAACAAGAUGUUGGUGUGAGUGUGUUUCGGGAGCAGCUGGGAGGUGUCUUCGCUGAACCAGUAGAAAAGGCCCCAGAUUGCACCUGAACUUGAGCGAGAAGCAGGGUAAAAUCUGCAGUGACAAACGUCCUCGAUGAAUCUAUCAGAUAGUUUCUUUUUUUUCUUUUUCGCUUCUUCUCAGAGGAAAUGUUGUGGGACGAUUGGCGCUACAUUUGGACUCAGAUCAGAUUCGGCAGGCCAAUGUUGAGCUGUUUAGUUUAUUUGUAUGCAGACGACACUCUUUAAUAUCUCUUUCAUGAUCAGUAACUACAUCUAGGCAUCACUCAUGAGUCAUUUUGCACAUUCCACAUGCUGUUUAUGCCUGAUGUGAUGUAAAAACACUUCAUUAACACUACGAACGAACAUCACAUUGUACUGCAGGUGCUUUAGAAUAGGGUACUGUACCUUCCAGCUGUUAAAAGCUAAUGUAUUUGGGCAUGGUCACGUAUUUCUAUCGCUACGCAGAGUGUGGAUGUAGCCUGUUAGAAAGCUCUUGAAACGUGUUAUUAGUCUACCAUCCCUUCAGAAAGAGCCAUAUCCAAGGAAGAUUUGACAACAUUAUUUCAGAAAGUAUUAGAAAACAGGACAUCUUUAUGCAAGGAGGACCUGUGGCACUCAUGCAAUAUGUAUACUUUUCUUUGAACUGAAUGUCACACACUCUGCAGGGACUGAGAGGGCGUAUGCAUGCAGAGGACAUUUCAUUUUCAUCCUACACGAGCAAUACACACCUUCCAUUCGUUGGCUAGCUGCUAGUCACUUGGCAUCAGGUUGUUAUAAAACAUGAAAAACCAGCAUUUUUACAGGAUGUAACAUUCACCAAAAGAAGACAAAAAAGAUAGCAAUGCAGUGCCUGUUCAAGCUGUCCGAGUGUCUAUUGUAUAUAAUUGUAAAAUGUGAUAGACUUACUUUCAUAUGUGACAUGAAAAACAACCAUCACAGUACAGAAUGUGGCAAACUCAUCUAGAAAUAGGCUCUUUAUUUCUUCUGAUGUUUUUUUGUUGCGAUUUAUUCAUUAUGCCCACAUCAAGCUUGUUCAAAAUUAGAGAGGAAAUGUUCAUUCUUCUUCUUUUUUCUUUUGUUUUCCGGGAGGGGCGCGGGGGGGGGGGGGGGGGGGGGGGGGUCAGUGCUACAUUACGAGCAGUGAAAAGAUCAAAUAAUGUCUUUUCUCUGCAGGGCUGAUUUAUUUUUGGGGUCUUGUGGCACUUUUAAGUCCCUCUGCGCACACAUUUUUGACCACGUGAUUGAUGGUGGAAUUAUAUAUAACGAACAACAACAACAACACCAACAAAACGAUAUGUAAACAGUCUCCAGUAGUGAUCGUAGUUACACUGCAAGUGUGUGCAAAGGUCUAUGUAUGUAUCUGAAUGUACGUUUUAGAGGACUUUUUGGAAACCUUUUUUGUUUUUUAUCUUUUCAUUGACAGUUUAGGAGCCACAGGUGUCCAUUGUGAACUGUAUAGCGAAGGCCUUGAUAUCCCUUCUUUUAUUGAUUUUAGAAACGCCGAGCAUUAGGCAAUGCCUUCAAGCUGGUUACAUUUGGUGCAGGGGCUAAAAUUGCCACAAGAUUAAAAUCAGUGUAAAUAAAGGCUAAACUUUUUGUGAUUGUUACUGUUAUAUCCAGCCUAUACUGCUAGCAGCUGUUUUUACUGCAGUCAAUUACUGGAAGUGGAUAUAUUUCCUAUGCAAAACUGUUUAAACAAUAAAAUGAGCUAUGCUACAAAAACGA